GUUGGGCAGUUGUGCUCUUUACUGUCAGCACUGUUGUUUUGCUAGUUUAGCUUUUAAAGCGAGUGCCUUGCUGAGACCUUAUUCAAUUAGUGUACGCACCAGGUGAAUAUUAAGCCAGUUAAACUGAUAUUUUAGAGGAAAUUUAGUAGCUGUAACUCUUCAUUCGCUGUAGUUGUUGAUUGUUUUGCAGCUCAGCAGCAGCACAAAGCUAGCCUGCUAGCUAGCCAGGGCUAGCGAUGUUGCAUUUUAGCAUCGCUAGCAGCUAACUGGUAGCCGGAAGACCACAGUACUCUAACGUGUAUUUAAAAAAAAGCGGACUAUAAUUGUAUCUACUCAGGUAAUAUCAAAGCUCCACCUAAAUUAUCGGUAGCAGAAACAUUAGCUGUCAUGCUGGAGAACUGACAUUGACGAUGGCGUUAGCGGUGGACGCCCCUGCAGAUGAGUGGCCCUGAGAAGUGAUUCAGCCCGAUGAGUUAGCAACAAUGUCCUGCAAAUCAACUAAAGUUGCCCCGAGUGUUGAUUUCGACCACAGUUGCUCCGACAGCGUGGAAUAUUUGACGCUCAAUUUUGGCCCAUUUGAGACUGUUCAUCGCUGGAGAAGACUCCCUCCGUGUGAUGAGUUUGUCGGUGCAAGGCGCAGCAAACACACCGUUGUGGCAUACAGGGAUGCCAUAUAUGUGUUUGGGGGAGACAAUGGGAAGAACAUGUUGAAUGACUUGCUCCGCUUUGAUGUGAAAGAUUGCUCAUGGUGUCGAGCGUUCACCACUGGAACUCCACCUGCUCCCAGAUAUCACCACUCAGCUGUGGUCUAUGGCAGCAGCAUGUUUGUUUUUGGGGGCUACACUGGAGAUAUUUACUCAAACUCAAACCUGAAAAACAAAAAUGACCUUUUUGAGUACAAGUUUGCCACAGGGCAGUGGACUGAAUGGAAAGUGGAGGGGAGUUUGCCAGUGGCUCGAUCUGCUCAUGGAGCCACAGUGUACAGUGAUAAACUGUGGAUAUUUGCUGGCUAUGAUGGGAAUGCUAGGCUGAAUGACAUGUGGACCAUCAGUCUUCAGGAUCGAGAACAUGCAUGUUGGGAAGAGAUCGAUCAGAGUGGUGAGAUUCCUCCAUCUUGUUGCAACUUCCCUGUUGCUGUGUGCAGGGAUAAGAUGUUUGUGUUCUCUGGUCAGAGUGGAGCCAAGAUCACUAAUAACCUCUUCCAGUUUGAGUUCAAGGGCCACAUGUGGACACGUAUCCCAACUGAACAUUUACUGCGGGGCUCCCCUCCCCCUCCUCAAAGACGCUAUGGCCACACUAUGGUUGCCUUUGACCGCCACCUGUACGUAUUUGGUGGUGCUGCUGACAACACUCUGCCCAAUGAGCUGCACUGCUAUGAUGUGGACUCUCAGACAUGGGAGGUGAUCCAACCCAGCCAGGACAGUGAGAUGCCCAGUGGGAGACUCUUUCAUGCUGCUGCUGUUAUUCAAGAUGCCAUGUACAUCUUUGGAGGGACAGUGGACAACAAUGUGCGCAGUGGAGAGAUGUACAGAUUCCAGUUCUCAUGCUAUCCAAGGUGUACUCUCCAUGAGGACUAUGGUAAACUGUGGGAGAACCGUCAGUUCUGUGACGUGGAGUUUAUUCUGGGAGAGAGAGAAGAGAGGGUCUUGGGGCACAUAGCCAUAGUGACUGCAAGAUGUCAGUGGCUGCGAAAGAAAAUCUUGCAGGCUCGGGAUAGGCAGCGACAGAAGAAUAAACAGGAAAGCAGUGAGGAGAGUGAUGAAGGGGCAACAGGGGGCCAGAGGGAUAUCCCAGCAGGCAGCAGGCCAUCAGGCACACAGCCGCUGCUAGAAGUAUCCAUCAGGGAAGCGGAGGCCCAGCCCUUUGAAGUCUUAAUGCAGUUCCUCUACACGGAUAAGAUCCAGUAUCCACGCAGAGGUCACGUUCAGGAUGUUCUCCUGAUCAUGGACGUUUACAAACUCGCUCUUAGUUUUAAGCUUUCCCGCCUGGAGCAGCUGUGUGUGCAGUACAUUGAGGCAUCUGUCGACCUGCAGAACGUUCUCAGCGUUUGCGAAAAUGCCAACAAGCUGCAACUGGACCAGCUCAAGGAACAUUGCCUUAAUUUCGUGGUGAAGGAGUCCCACUUCAACCAGGUGAUUAUGACGAAGGAGUUCGAACAUCUGUCCACCCCACUGAUAGUGGAGAUAGUGCGGCGAAAGCAGCAGCCUCCUCCCAGGUUGUACUCAGACCAGCCUGUGGACAUUGGGACCUCCCUGGUACAGGACAUGAAGGCUUACCUGGAGGGAGGCGGCCUGGAGUUCUGCGACAUUAUUCUGCUGUUAGACGGACACCCACGCCCUGCACAUAAAGCCAUACUGGCAGCCCGAUCCAGUUACUUUGAGGCGAUGUUCCGCUCCUUCAUGCCCGAGGACGGUCAGGUUAAUAUCUCUAUCGGUGAGAUGGUUCCAAGUAAGCAGGCCUUUGAGUCCAUGCUGCGUUAUAUCUACUACGGAGACGUCAACAUGCCUCCAGAGGAUUCCCUCUACCUGUUUGCUGCACCGUAUUACUACGGGUUUUCCAAUAACAGGCUGCAGGCUUACUGUAAGCAGAAUCUGGAGAUGAAUGUCACUGUGGAGAAUGUCUUACAGAUUCUGGAGGCGGCAGAUAAGACCCAGGCUCUGGACAUGAAGAAGCACUGCUUGCACAUUAUUGUUCACCAGUUCAUCAAGGUAUCCAAGCUCCCCAACCUGCGGUCUCUCAGCCAGCUGCUGCUGUUGGACAUCAUUGAGUCUCUAGCUACACACAUAUCAGACAAACAGUGUGCCGAGAUGGGCUCUGACAUUUAGGAUGACGCCAAGAGUCGGGCUCUUUAUCUCCUCUCGCAGAAGCCAUACACCUCUGCUCCUCCUACUUCUAGUCAUUCCCUCCUCCCCAACUCACAGUACUUUUCUUUAUGUUGGACCUCGCAUGUCUCAACCCUCAUACAAUAGAUGCCUUUAAUCCACACAGUGUCAGAUUCUUGUUUCUCAAUCUGCAUCUCAGUGAGGAGUGAAAUCAGUGAAGAAACCAAAUUCAAGCUCAGUUGUAGUUAUUAAAUGAUCUAAAAAUUCCCCUUUUAUGUUUAGUUUGUAAUUUAUUUAUUUUGUAUAAACAGAAUAAAAUGUUUGAAGGUUUUUCUGAAGAGUAUUGCUGCUGCAUUUUUAAUCGAUAUGCAGUGACACCAUGGAAAUGUUCGAAUUGCCCUCAGCUGAUUUUCUUUAAAGAUAUCUGCUCAGAUACAUUCUCAGUCUUCUAAACACAUCUUAAUCAAAGUAUACCAUUGAAUGGAUUAUUGAUCUAAAUAUUUAUUCACCACUUGUAUUAUUCUCAGCUCUGACACAGUUAACACACUUUAUGUAAGAGCAAUAUAUGAGAACAGUUAGAAUGUAUGUCUGUCCUAAAGCUGCUUGUUUUGUACAGUGUUCUUGUCCUUGGCACACAUCUUUGUAAUACUCAUUGCAUCUUACCAUUACUAACAGACAAGCUCUCUAGAUCCAUACAAUAUAGCAUUGUUAAAUAUUUACCCACGUGAGUUUGAUGUAUUUAAAGCCUUAAUAAAUCUUCUUAU